AACAAAGGCUAGUAUCAAAAACCUUAUCUACUUAUGAAUCAAUUUGAAGCAAAAAAAUCUUUCUCCAAGGCCUCCUUAAUGCAUGAAACAAGGCCUCAUAUAGCAUGAAGCAUAAGCAUAACCAUGGCUUCAACUUCACUUUUUUGCUCCAAUAUCUUCAUUCCAAAAUCUACUAUAAUAACUUCUACUAGAAACACACCAUCACCACAAUUUUGUUCACCUUUUUCAAGUUACAUUCAACACAAAAGAGAGUUUCCACUUCCAAAAGUAGCUUCAGUACCUUACCAACCAAUCAACUUUGAUUACUUACAACAAGAAUUCAGUGGUCAUGGAGUCACUUUUGAAGAAGUUGGUGGAAAUUGUAAGGCCAAAUUGGAGUUGAAAAAUGGAAGCAUUGCUACCAUGUUGCUACCAAGUGGAUUGAUUACUUCUUACAAAGCACCUAUGUGGCAUGGUGGAAUAGUUGAGUUACUUCAUACUGCUGUGUCAGAAGGAGAAUUUGGUGAUGCUGUUCUUCAAGGAGGUGUUUCUUUAAACUUCAAUUUUCAAACUCAUGAUGAUGAUGAUGAUGAUGAUCAAGUUUCAUGGUCUCCAACUAAUUGGGUUUUGCAUAACAUUAAAGGCAAUGCCGAGAAAUCUAUUCAGGUAGAAUUAAUAAACAAAGGACCAGAUAGCAAAAUUGGAAUAAAAUACAUUGUGACUUUAGAAGAAGAUGGAUUAGGCUCAGAGCUUGAAAUCUCAAACUCAAACUCUUUGCCUCUUCACAUGACAGGUUCCAUCUUGACUCAUGUAACAGUAAGUUCACCAGAAGCAACUUAUGCAAUAGGAUUAGAGAGAUCAAACUACUAUAGCAGACUGCCUUUUGAAUCGAAAUUUAUUUUGAGUCCUCCGGAUUCGAGUGAAGAAAAAGGAUUUGGAAAAAUAUGGAAAUCAUCUGUUAGGCAACUUUUUCCUGGUUUGGAAGCAGAUGGAAGCCAAAGUGAUGAUGAAGAUAUGAACGGUGAGGAAAUGGAUACUUACAAACAGUUAAAAGAGAGAAUAAGUCUUGUAUACACGAAUGCGCCUCGAAGUUUUACACUAAUCGACAGGGGAAGAAGAACCUCAAUAUUAGUUGGAAGGAAUGGAUUUGAUGAAAGUUACCUGUACAGUCCUGGCUCAGCAGGCAUUGAAAAUUACAGCAAGUAUGCUUACAUUUGUGUUGGUCAAGCUGCUGUCCUCCAACCAAUAGUACUCAAACCAGAAGAUGUAUGGAAAGGAGGACAGUAUCUACACAAUCCAAAUCUAUGAUGAUUAAGGCUCAUCAUUACAUAAACUUUUAGAUUCAAUUUAUAUACACCUUCAGUAUGAAAAAGUUUUACACAUUCAUUCAAUCAUAAUAAAUCAUGUUACCACUUUUUUA